GGGAGACCAGAUAUAGUGAGUGCAGGGUCCGGGGAGACCAGAUAUAGUGAAUGCAGGGUCCGGGGAGACCAGAUAUAGUGAAUGCAGGGUCCAGAGAGACCAGAUAUAGUGAGUUUAGGGUCUGGGGAGACAGGAUAUAGUGAAUGCAGGGUCCGAGGAGACUAGAUAUAGUGAGUGCAGGGUCCGGGGAGACCGGAUAUAGUGAAUGCAGGGGUCCGGGGAGACCGGAUAUAGUGAAUGCAGGGUCCUGGGAGACCAGAUAUAGUGAGUGCAGGGUCCGGGGAGACCGGAUAUAGUGAAUGCAGGGUCUGGGGAGA